CAUAGCAUAAAAAACAUUUAAGAUAUAGUGUCAACUGGCUAAAAAUAGAUUACUAUGAUGAUAGGUUUGCUCAUAAAUAAACAUUUGUUCCUAUUUUGCUUUAUUUUUAAUUAGUAUAAUUUCAUGAUGUUGAAAAGAAAUAUAAAAAAUGCAAAAGCAAAGUUAAAGAAAAAAAAAGGGGUUUCACAAAAGGCUAAAUUAACGAUAAAAAAAAUUGAUAACGUUUUGCCAGUUUCAACCCCUUUAGGCUCAGUGCAUUUUGAUGAAUUUUUAAAAGGCUGUAAAGAACAAAACGUACCCGUAAUACCCGAUGAGCCACAUAAAAGUAGCAAAACAAAUAUUAAGAAAAAGAAUAAAAAAGGCAAUAGAAUAAACAAAGGCAAAGGUAAAAAAAUAUCUAAAAAUAAAGUCAAAGAAAAAAAAAAAGGCAAAAAAAAAAAAAAAUCUAGUAUAAAGAAAGUAGUUGUGAAACCCGAUGAUGAGCCCAUAAUUGAUCUGACUCAACCACCUUUAUUCCCAUUGAAUAAAACUUUACUCGUUUCUGGGAGUUUCGAUGAACCUGAAAUUUAUUACCCAGACUUUGUGGUGGGAAAAAUUGAACCUCCAACACUUAACAGACAAUCAUCGAUCAAAGAGAUAAAUAAUAUAGAAAAACAAGCAAAUAAUGUUGUGGAAGAAAUAAACAAAACACAAGAAAAAAUAAAGAUUUUAAAGGAAAAACCAAAAUUAAGUAAUUUAGAGACGGCUGAGUUGGAAAAUCAGCAGACUUUAUUACUAUCGUUAUUAAGUGAUUUUGAACAUCAUUUAGAACGGAUUCGUGAAAUUUUUAAUGAAGAUCGAAUGGAUACUAUUAUUGAGGAUGACGAGGAACAAUGGGUGGACGACGAAGAAAAUGUAUGUGAAGAAAAACCUGACAAUACACAAAUAUGUUCAUUUUUGAAUGACUUACAAAAUAAUUGUGAACCACCAACUCAAGAUGUAAGUAAAUGGUACAACAUGAUGGAUCUCACCUAUCUUUUAACACCUUCAACAUCAUCCAGUAAGGACCUCAAUAUUCCUAUGUCUAAUAGUUUAGAAAAGAUAUUUAACGAACUUAAGGGAAAAAAUGCGAAUGAAGCUCAAGAUGAUGAACGUAAUAAUAUUUUUAAACGCUUAAGAAAAAAAUUUUCAAUACUGAUUCCACCACCAAUUUUAAAUGCUGAAAAAGGUGACGCUGUCUGGAUGGAUAAAAAGCUUCGCAAAGACCAUAAAGAAAUGAUAGAUGGCACGGAUAAGUUAAAGUUGUUCCAAUGCUGGCAAGAAUUUGAAGACAAGUACAAAAUAAUUAAUGCAUUGGUCGUGUCUGUAAAGGAUGUCAUAAAAUCAACAAAACCUUUUUAUUAUGCAAGCAAAGACGUCAAAGAAAAAUUUAUUUCUGACCAGAGUAAACUUUUGCAAUCCCUCGAUGAAUUUAAACACUCUGUUAAAAACACAUUUUUGCCAGCGGGACUGGAAGACUAUUGGAAGAUAUAUCCAGAAUCAUUAAGACUUGGGAUGAGAUCUUGUUUUGACAUUACAAUUCAGUCAAAAGAACGUAUAAUUGAAAAAGUGACUCCUUUAGAAAAAAUGUGUUUCAUAGAACAAAAUAAAUUCAUACCAAAAGGUGUCAAUUGCGAUUGCAAUAUCAAAAAAGAAAAUUCAAAUGACAGUGAAAUCGUUGUAGUUACCCACAAUUAUUGAUGCUGAAAUAAAAAAUUCGAACAGUAAAAAUCAAUAGU